GAGGAGACCAGUCCAGUCUGUGAGGAGACCAGUCCAGUCUGUGAGGAGACCAGUCCAGUCUGUGAGGAGACCACCAGUCUGUGAGGAGACCAGUCAAGUCUGUGAGGAGACCACCAGUCUGUGAGACCACCAGUCUGUGAGGAGGCCAGUCUGUGAGGAGACCAGUCUGUGAGCCAGCGGCUGGAGACCCUGGAGGAAGCUCGUUCCGCGGCUGAGCAGUGACCCUGUCCCCGGUGGAUCUCAGAGGAAACACCGGUGAAUCCCCUGGAGUUAACCCGGCCUCAGACCCUCCGACCCCGCUGCAGAUCAGCCUGUGAGGCCGGUACCGGACGACACAAUGUGGGGCUUCUGCAGCAGACUCGCGGUGAAGGCGGGGAUAUCGAAACCCUGCAGCCUAGUGAAGCCCAAUCACUUGGUGAAGCCGGUGUCCGCCGCCCGGGUCUCAGGCCGGUACCUCAGCCACCAGCAGGGCCUGCCCCCCCUCCCGGUCCCCCCGCUGCAGCAGACCUGCGAGCGCUACCUCACGGCACUGGAGCCCAUUGUGGAGGAGGAGGAGCUGAAGCGCACCAGAGAACUGCUGCAGGAGUUUCAGAAAGCAGGGGGGGUGGGAGAGAGACUGCAGAGAGGUCUGGAGAAGAGAGCACACAACACUGACAACUGGCUGUCCGAGUGGUGGGUGCAGCUGGCCUAUCUGGAGUACCGGCUGCCUGUGGUGGUGCAUUCAAGUCCCGGACUGGUCCUACCUCGCAUGAACUUCAGUGAUAAACAAGGACAAAUCAGGUUUGCAGCCAAACUGAUCGCAGGUGUUUUAGACUUCAAGACGAUGAUUGACAAUGAGACCCUACCUGUAGAAUACCUGGGAGGACGGCCGCUGUGCAUGAAUCAGUAUUAUGAGGUCCUGUCGUCCUGUCGGGUCCCUGGUCUGAAGAGAGACUCGGUGGUGAACCACGCCAAGAGCUCGCCGCCCCCCCGACACAUUACUGUAGUGCACCACCUCCAGUUCUUUGCUCUGGACGUGUACGACAGUGACGGGACUCCACUGACCGUGGAUCAGAUCUGCGUUCAGCUGGAGAGGAUCUGCAGCGCCUCACCUCAGACCAGCCAGGAGCCCGUCGGCAUCCUGACCACGCAGCACCGGGACUCCUGGGGCAAGGCUUACCUCAACCUCAUCAGAGAUGAGACCAACAGAGAAUCGGUGUCAGCGAUCCAGAGAAGCAUCUUCGUUGUGUGUUUGGACGGAGCGAUGCCUGAAGCGUCUGACGGGACGUACCGCAGCUCCGCCGCUGUCCAGAUGCUGCACGGAGGAGGCAGCAAGGGGAACAGCGCCAACCGCUGGUUUGACAAGACACUGCAGUUCAUUAUCGGAGAAGACGGGACAUGUGGAGCGAACUACGAGCACGCCCCAGCCGAAGGACCGCCUAUUGUGGCCUUGAUUGACCAUGUUGUCGAAUACACGAGGAAGCCGGAGGCGGUGCAGCCUCCCACGCUGCCGCUGCCCAUGCCACAGAAACUACACUUCAACAUCACACCUGAGGUCAAGAAGGACAUCGAGGAGGCCGAGCAGAGUAUGAACACUCUGGCUAAAGACCUCGAUAUGAAGGUUGUAGUUUUUGGCCACUUUGGUAAAAAUGUCCCAAAGAGCCAGAAGAUGAGUCCUGAUGCCUUCAUCCAGAUCGCUCUGCAGCUGGCCUACUACAGGAUGCAUCAGCGCUGCUGUGCCACAUAUGAAAGUGCCUCCCUGCGGAUGUUCCGACUGGGACGAACAGACACCAUCAGAUCCGCCUCCACCGCCUCAGCUGCCUUCGUCAGAGCUGUUGACGACCCGAGCAGACAGAACACAGAGAAGGUGGAUCUGAUGGAGAAAGCUGUAAAAGCUCACCGGUCGUACACCAGCAUGGCGGUCAGUGGUCAGGCUAUAGACCGACACCUCCUGGGCCUGAAGAUGCAGGCGGUGGAGGAACAACUCUCCAUCCCUGAAGUCUUUACAGACGCUUCCUACGCUAAAGCAUUGAACUACCAGCUGUCUACAAGUCAGGUUCCGUCCAAGACCGACUGCGUCAUGUGCUUCGGUCCGGUCGCGACCAGCGGAUACGGCGUCUGCUACAACCCCAUGGACGACCACAUCAACUUCUCUGUGUCGUCCUUCAACGCCUGCGAGGAGACGGACGCCGCUGGUCUGGCGGCAGCGCUGGAGGUCGCGCUGCUGGACAUGAAGACUCUGCUGGAACGAACUCCACGAGCCAAACUGUGAACCGCACUCGCCAGAAAGAAUCGGUUCAUGACUCCUCGUGUAAAACUGCUGCAUCUCCACAGUGAACGUGGCCAGUGUUGAUUGUUCUGACGUGAUUUGAAGACGACGCUUGAUUGUAAAUGACUCCGUGGAGGAGGAGGAGCUAUGGUAGAAAACCACAGACGCAGUGAUGGGUUGAAUACACGCUGUGUUUAUUAAUCCAUGAUCUCUUCACACUUUAGGAAACAAACUGAUUCACUGAUUUUACCGAAUAUUUAUGUAACUUGAGAAUAAAACCUGGAAGCUAGACGUGACACUGACAAUCUGUGACAUCAUCUGGUCGCGUGUUUGAUAAUCAGCCUUUUCCCAGAUGUUUAAUUGCUCAGAUAAUUACACUGUGUGCUGUAUAGAAAUCAUCUCUGUGCAUUAAUCAGAAGUUCAGAAGUAUGUUGAGUCCCUGUUUGAAGCCGUGUUGCUCUACUUCCAGCAGGGGGCACUAAAGUCCAAAUCAGACUCUGGAUUUUAUCACUUUAAGUUGUUGCAGUUAAAAGAUGAAAUAAAAAUGUUGAAAGAUUGACUUGUUUUUGCCAGUUAGUCAUAACAUGCUAACGAAGACAUGUAAUUAUUGUAAAUUUAGAAUUGAAAUGAAUUAUUUUGAAGGAUCAUUUAGCAGGAAAGUAAAUAAGUUAAUAACAGAUUAUGUGAAUGAGGACAUGAUUGUUCAACACAUUUAAAGACAUUUAAAACAC